UCAUCUUAAAAAUUAUAAUACAUAAGAUAAAUAAUAAGCCGCGCAAAUCACGUACUUUAAACUGGUUAACGAAAUGAAGUGUUCGAUGAUUAACAAAAAACAAAAAAAAAAAAAAAACUGGUUAAACUUAAAAGUUAAAAAUUAAAUUUGUCAAAAAAAAAAAAAAAAAAGAAAGGCUAAAACUUAAAAGCUGAUUUGGAAAAGUGCUCAGUUUUGAUAAAAUAUCGCCAUCAUUGGGCCACUAGUCAUUGCUGGAUAUCAUUUUCCACGCGCAGAAGAAUUUAUCUUGGACGCAUUUUUCACUGGUCAUCGCAUCGCAUGUAUAUCCGAGAAACGAGCGGUAAAAAUAUCUGAUCGGUGGAGAUAUCCGCCGUUAAAAGCAAAGAGACACAACCCACGUGUUUUACAUAAAUGCGAGUCUCGAAUGAACAGAUGGUGCAGGACUUGUGUCUCCCAUCUAUUACUUCAAAUCUCUACUUGCACUUGUACUUCUGAAAGAGUGGGAUUCUUUUUUUCUUUAGUGGCUUUUUAGGAUUCCGAUAAUUAUUGAUCCAAGCAAUGGCGAAAAUAGGGAAGACAGUACUUGAUUCCGGCUGGCUAGCAGCGAGAUCAACGGAGGUACAAUUUAAUGGAACUCAACUCACCACCACUCAUCCUCCUAGUGGACCCACUGAGCCAUGGAUGGAAGCUGCUAUUCCUGGAACUGUUUUGGGGACUCUUCUAAAGAACAAAAAGGUGCCUGAUCCUUUCUAUGGUUUGGAAAAUGAAGCUAUUAUAGAUAUAGCUGAUUCUGGCAGAGAUCACUACACAUUUUGGUUCUUCACUACUUUUGAGUGUAAGCUGUCAGGAAAUCAACACCUGGAGCUGAAAUUUCGUGCAAUCAACUACUCUGCGGAAGUAUAUUUAAAUGGACACCAAAAGGUGCUGCCGAAGGGGAUGUUUCGAAGACAUUCUCUUGAUGUUACUGAUAUUUUAAAUCCUGAAGGUACAAAUUUGCUGGCUGUUCUGGUUCACCCUCCAGAUCAUCCAGGGAGCAUUCCCCCUGAGGGAGGGCAGGGUGGAGAUCAUCAGAUUGGUAAAGAUGUUGCUACUCAAUACGUCGAGGGUUGGGAUUGGAUUGCUCCUAUAAGGGAUAGGAACACUGGCAUAUGGGAUGAGGCAUCAAUUUAUGUCACUGGGCCAGUGAAAAUUAUAGAUCCGCAUUUGGUUUCAACAUUUUUUGACGGUUACAAGAGGGUAUAUUUGCAUACUACAACUGAGUUGGAAAACAACAGUGCCUGGGUUGCUGAAUGUAAUUUGAAUAUCCAAGUGACAGUGGAACUUGAAGGAAACUUUUGCUUGGUAGAACAUCUUCAGACACAACAUGUCUCAAUUCCUGCUGGAAAAUCUAUUCAGUAUACAUUUCCCGAGCUUUUCUUCUACAAGCCUAAUUUAUGGUGGCCAAAUGGUAUGGGAAAGCAAUCCAUGUACAAUGUCAGCAUUACUGUUGACGUGGAGGGAUAUGGAGAAUCUGACUCAUGGACCCACCUGUAUGGAUUCCGUAAAAUUGAAAGCUAUAUUGAUAGCUUAACUGGUGGAAGAUUGUUCAAGGUCAAUGGGCAGCCUAUUUUUAUCCGCGGUGGUAAUUGGAUAUUGUCAGAUGGGUUACUGCGACUUUCUAGAAAACGUUACAGAACAGAUAUCAAGUUCCAUGCAGACAUGAAUUUUAACAUGAUCCGUUGUUGGGGUGGUGGAUUAGCUGAGAGGCCAGAGUUCUAUCAUUAUUGUGACAUUUAUGGUUUGCUGGUAUGGCAAGAGUUUUGGAUUACUGGAGAUGUUGAUGGAAGAGGUCAGCCAGUAUCAAAUCCAGAUGGUCCACUUGACCAUGAUCUUUUUCUGCUAUGUGCUAGAGACACUGUCAAGCUCCUCAGAAACCACCCUAGUCUUGCUCUUUGGGUUGGUGGUAAUGAACAAGUUCCACCACCUGACAUCAAUGCCGCUUUAAAGAAUGACCUAAAACUUCAUCCCCACUUUUUGCACUUUGAUGAAGAUAGCAAGUCUGUGCAAGAUUUGUCUUUGCAAUCAGGUGAUCCUAGUCAAUAUCUUGAUGGUACACGUAUUUAUGUCCAAGGAUCCAUGUGGGAUGGAUUUGCGAAUGGAAAGGGGGAUUUCACUGAUGGCCCUUAUGAAAUUCAAUACCCUGAAAGCUUCUUUGGAGAUGAUUUCUACAAGUAUGGAUUUAAUCCUGAGGUUGGUUCUGUGGGAAUGCCAGUUGCUGCUACCAUCAGAGCGACAAUGCCUCCAGAAGGAUGGCAAAUUCCGCUGUUUAAGAAGCUACCCAAUGGUUAUGUAGAAGAAAUCCCAAAUCCCAUAUGGGAAUAUCAUACAUAUAUUCCUUAUUCAAAACCGGGCCAGGUUCAUGAUCAGAUUUUAUUGUACGGGGUCCCUACAGAUCUUGAUGAUUUUUGUUUAAAGGCCCAACUAGUGAACUACAUUCAAUAUAGAGCACUGAUUGAAGGGUAUUCUUCUCACAUGUGGAGGAAACACACUGGUUUCUUAAUUUGGAAGACGCAGAAUCCAUGGACGGGUCUGAGAGGCCAGUUUUAUGAUCAUCUUCUUGAUCAAACAGCAGGUUUCUAUGGCUGUCGCUGUGCUGCAGAGCCAAUUCAUGUUCAGCUGAAUCUGGCUACGUACUCUAUUGAGGUUGUCAAUACCCAAUCAGUGGAACUAUCCGAUGUAGCCAUUGAAGCAUCUGUAUGGGAUCUGGCAGGAACAUGCCCAUAUUAUAAAGUUUUUGAAAAACUCACUGUUCCACCAAAGAAAACAGUAUCCAUUGGCGAGAUGAAGUAUCCAAAGUCUAAAAACCCAAAGCCAGUCUAUUUUCUUCUUCUCAAACUAUACAAUAUGUCAGAUUAUGGCAUUAUAUCUAGGAACUUCUAUUGGCUACAUUUGCCUGGUGGAGAUUACAAGCUGUUGGAGCCGUACAGAAGGAGAAAAGUUCCCCUCAAGAUAACAUCGAAGGCUUUCAUAAAGGGGUCCACUUACGAAAUAGAAAUGCAUGUGAAGAACACAUCUAAGAAACCGGAUUCUAAAUGCUCGACUUAUAAGAAUAAUUUCAUUACCAAUCUAGGCACUGAUGAUUUUGAUAUGACCUCAGUGGAACCUGUGAAUAGUGGAACCAAGGAAAAACCUGAAGCUAGUUUAUUUCAGAGGAUCUUCAGACAUUUUUCACAGGAAACUGAUGGUCUGAGGGUUACUGAAAUCAAUGGUGUCGAGGAAGGAGUUGCUUUUUUUCUUCAUUUCUCCGUUCAUGCCUCAAAAGCAAACCACAAAGAAGGAGAAGACUCAAGAAUUCUACCAGUUCAUUACUCGGACAACUAUUUUUCGCUUGUGCCAGGAGAGGUGAUGCCAAUCAAGAUAUCUUUUGAGAUUCCUCCAGGUGUAACCCCGAGGGUAACUCUCGAGGGCUGGAAUUACCAUGGCGGACAUAAUGUUUUGUGAUACCAGCAAGCAUACUUUCUCGCCAUUGGUUGCUUGUUCUGAUCUUGCAUGAUCAUUCAUCUUCACGGUUAGAAGUUAUUUUCCUCGGCGCCAGACCGUAAAUCUUCAAGUUUUCUCAUUAUAUGCGAUCCAUCCACUUCAGCGCGCUUGGCAUUUACUUCUGCGGAAACAUAUGUUAGCAAAAGUUCCACUAGCAAUAAUCAAAAUAAAGCACUCUACCAAAUUGAGACAGCAGUUAACAUUCUUUUAUCUUAUUCCCUGUUUUCUGAAUUAUGAUACCUCCUUGUGUAGUCGGACUUUCAGUUGUAAAUAGCUAUAAUGAACUGUGUUUAGCAUUUCAA